AUGGCUUCCGCAUCAGCCCCCGCGCAAGGAUUCCCUGGCGUUCCCUUUGAAAGAGUCGUCGGGGAAACCUGGAAAGUCAAUCCGAUGCCGAAUCCUAUCGUUUCAAAGUGGACACUGGACCUCUCACAGAGCGACGUCACCAAACUCCUAAAGGGGUUUCAGCCGCUCUCCAUGGAAGAUCGCUGGAUGAGCCGGGCAGAAGGACCAGAUGCCGACGGCAUCUUCCUGGUGUCACUUUAUCGCAGCUGGACCGCGAAUCAGCAAUUUCAGAUCAAGGGCCGAAUCUUGUCUCGGCAGGAUGCACAGUCAAAGGGUUCCGGCUACCGGGCUCAGAUCGAGGAGUUGACUUGGGAUAAUGGCCAGGCGACCUCGACAGAGGCAGCGGCCAAGGACAUGGCGAUCUCCGUCAUGAGGUGGAUUCUCGAGUGUGACCUGGAGCACCUGUCUUAG